UUUUAAACAUUAUUUAGUUAUUAUUAUUUUGAUGAUCAGUAAUAAUAACUCCCCUUCCCCUUGCCUUUAGGCCCUCUAUUAUUACCCUUAUAUUCUGGAAAGUCACAACAUUGCCUAGUUGAGAGAAAGGAGAAGGAUAGUUGCUCAUGCCUUGGGGAGAGCUGUUUUCAUUGUCUUUUUAGUUUCAUUAUAUAAAAGGUCCUAUUUCAUCUGUACCUCCUGCUUCAUAAACAGUAAAGGAUGAUGCAGUCUUGCCCCUGAGCGAUUGUGCACAUCAUCUUUCCAGCCUGGAGGUGCUACAAGAAACCCAGUUUUUUGGAAUGUAGUUUUGGAUAAUGAAAAUCCUGGAUGAUUAGUUUUAGCCUACAGCUGCCACAGGGGAUCUGUUUCCAAAUGGACUAACUCUAGAGAUCUAGAGGGAGAGGGAAAGAUGUGGUAAAAGUUAGAGAAUUGUUGGAUUCAUUUGGAAAAGUACUUAAGGAGUUUGGUUUGUAUUUCAGAAUUACUCCAUUCCACUGAGGAUGCUAUAGAAGUCAUCAUGGUUUAAUGGAUUGUAAUAACAGACAUCACUAGUCAUUUGAAAGAGAAACUAAACUUAUAAAAAACAUGUUGGAAACUAUAGAUACCAGCCGAGCCCUACAAGCAGCAGAGCGGUUGCAGGCGAAACUGCGGGAACGUGGUGAUAUAGCAAAUGAGGACAAACUGAGUCUCCUAAAGUCAGUCCUGCAGAGCCCUCUCUUUAGUCAGAUUCUCAACCUUCAGACAUCAGUUCAGCAGCUGAAAGAUCAGGUAAAUGUUAUACCAUCCAAAUCUUCAAGUGGUGAGUUCUCACAACUUCCACAUUUUGCAUCUAGUGGGCAUCCUACUUCAUAUAAUGAGCCUUAUUUAUUGGGUCAAAAUAAUGGCGAUUUUGAAUCACAUAUGGGAACCAGCAUUCCUCAAAUCAAUGGGAAACCUUCAGGUGAUGAAUUUGAUCAGCUUAUCAAAAAUAUGGCACAGGGUCGUCCGAUAGAGAUUUUUGAACUUGUUAAGCCUGCAAGUGGUGGCUUAGGGUUCAGUGUUGUAGGGCUGAAGAGUGAAAACAGAGGUGAACUGGGGAUAUUUGUGCAAGAGAUCCAAGAGGGAAGUGUGGCACAAAGAGAUGGGAGAUUAAAAGAAGCUGAUCAAAUACUAGCAAUCAAUGGAUAUGCACUUGAUCAGACAAUAACACACCAACAGGCUAUCAGCAUCCUUCAGAAGGCCAAAGAUAAUGUCCAGCUCAUUAUUGCCAGAGGCUCAUUACCUCCACUUAUGAGCCCCAUAGUUUCUCGUUCUCCAUCAGCUGCUAGUACAGUUUCAGCUCACUCCAAUCCUGUGGUCCAGUGGCAACAUGUGGAGACCAUUGAAUUGCUUAAUGAUGGAUCAGGUCUAGGAUUUGGUAUAGUAGGAGGAAAAUCAACAGGAGUAAUAGUAAAAACCAUUUUACCUGGAGGAGUGGCUGAUCAGCAUGGUCGAUUAUGUAGUGGAGACCAUAUCCUGAAAAUUGGGGAGACAGACCUGGCUGGUAUGAGCAGUGAGCAAGUAGCACAAGUGCUCAGGCAGUGUGGGAAUCGAGUGAAAUUGGUAAUUGCAAGAGGUGUCAUAGAAGAACCCAUGAUAACGACCUCUUCAGGCAUCACAUUAUCCUCUUCAAUGUCUUCCAUGUCGGAAAAACUGGUGGAAAUGUCUAUGCAGAAAAGUGGAGACAUUGAAACAUUUGAUGUAGAGCUUACAAAAAAUGUCCAAGGAUUAGGAAUAACCAUUGCUGGUUACAUUGGAGAUAAGAAAUCAGAAUCUUCAGGUAUAUUUGUAAAGAGCAUUACAAAAAGCAGUGCUGUUGAACAUGAUGGAAGAAUCCGUGUUGGUGACCAAAUCAUAGCAGUGGAUGGUACAGAUUUGCAGGGUUUUACAAACCAACAAGCUGUAGAGCUUUUACGAAAUACGGGACAAACUGUACGGCUGGCACUGAUGAGAAAAACAACUAAACCAGAAACCCAGGCCAGAUCUGAUGAGGACUUGAAUACUUCUGUUACAAAGGACAUUACUUUGUCUGCUCCAGAUGUUAAUAUAAGCAAAGAAAACUGUGACAAGGAUGAUAUUUCCCCAACAGUGGAGACAAAUACCAGCAUGUUGCAAAUUGGAGAAGCUGAAAAGCAUCCAGAAUCAGACCUACAGCUGCCAGAAGAAAUAGAAGUUGAUGAAGGACAGCUUGAAGAAGCAAAAUUGCAGAGUAAAUGGCAAAGGAUUAUGGGCCUUAAUUAUGAAAUAGUGGUUGCCCACAUGAACAAGUUCAGUGAGAGCAGUGGGUUGGGAAUAAGCUUGGAAGCAACUGUAGGACAUCAUUUCAUUAGAUCUGUUCUACCUGAAGGACCUGUUGGACACAGUGGGAAACUCUUCAGUGGAGACGAGUUACUGGAAGUGAAUGGAAUAACUUUACUUGGUGAAAAUCACAAGGAUGUAGUGAAUAUUUUAAAAGAGCUUCCUAUACAAGUGACAAUGGUUUGCUGUCGUCAACUUGCUUUACCCAUUAACCAAGAUGAGUUGGACAAGUUGAAUCUUUCUGAUAUCCAUUUAACAGAAAAGCCUCAUGUAGACCUCGGUGAAUUCAUUGGCUCAUCAGAAACAGAGGAUACUGCUUUCGACAUGAAUGAUGUGGGUCAGAAUACAGAAGAGGUGCAAGGAUCAUCACUGGCAAUGUGGGAAACCAACAUUCAACAUAUUGAGCUGGAAAAGGGGAGCGUAGGACUUGGUUUUAGCAUAUUAGACUAUCAGGAUCCAGUUGACCCUGCUCGCACAGUCAUUGUAAUACGCUCAUUAGUACCUGGUGGUGUUGCUGAACAAGAUGGAAGACUUCUUCCAGGGGACCGGCUUAUGUUUGUCAAUGAUGUUAACUUGGAAAAUGGGAGUCUUGAAGAAGCAGUACAAGCCCUGAAAGGAGCACCCUCAGGAAUCGUGAGAAUUGGAGUUACUAAACCCCUACCUGUGGACGCAAAUGAGGCAGACUUAGCAGAUGAAUCUACCUUCCAGUCUCAGUAUUCUCCUGAGGACGAAGAUGCCUUCCAAACCUCAAUGUUAGCUUUCCAUGGCAGUGCCUGCAGCAGUGGUCUGAAUUAUAGCCUCUCUAUUCCAUCAUCUCCUCCUAAGGAUACUGGUGAAGAUUCUUCAGAUCUGCUUCUUGAUUUUCAAAUGUCCAAUGAGGAUCUAUAUAAUAAGAAUCUGAUUCAAAGACAAGAUGAAAACAUAUCUUCAGUGGACCUGAGGAUGGAACCUUGCUCUAGCUUUACCCAUACAGAUUUCCUACCUGCACCAACUAUUGAUAACCUAACCAAAUGUGAAAAUUCACAGAUUUGGACUAAAUCUCAAUUACCAAAUGAAGUAUUAUCCAGUGCAAAACUUGCUCCAUUUAUGCUCCCUGAUUCUACUGGACAAAAACCAGAUUCCAUAAUGGCAAAGGAUUCUCUGGAUUCCUCUGAUGAAUGUGCUACAUUCCAUAAUUUAUCCAAGGAGUCAUUUGAAAAAACUAUUAUUAUAGCAAAAGGCAAUUCAAGCCUAGGGAUGACAGUAAGUUCCAACAAAGAUGGCUCAGGAACCAUAGUUCGAAGUAUCAUCCAUGGUGGAGCUAUCAGUCGCGAUGGUCGAAUUGGUGUAGGGGAUUGUAUCUUAUCCAUUAAUGAAGAAUCUACCACCAAUCUAACUAGUGCCCAGGCAAGAGCCAUGUUAAGGAGACAUUCUCUCAUUGGAUCUGACAUAAAAUCUUCUCCAGCACCUGCUGAUGAUCAGGCCCCCUUUUAUGUGGUUACCUAUGUGCCUGCAGAACUUUUGGAAGAGUACAGAACAAAUUUAGGACAUCAAUCUGGAGAAACAAUGUCUCUUGAUGUGUUUUCAUCUUAUACUGCUAGAGAAAUCCCAGAACUCCCAGAACGUGAGGAAGGAGAAGGAGAAGAAAGUGAGCUUCAGAAUGCAGCCUACAGUAGUAACUGGAGUCAGCCGAGGAAGGUUGAGCUGUGGAGAGAACCGAACAAAUCCCUAGGCAUCAGCAUUGUUGGUGGACGUGGGAUGGGAAGUCGGCUAAGCAAUGGUGAAGUUAUGAGGGGUAUCUUCAUCAAACAUGUUCUGGAAGAUAGUCCAGCUGGCAAAAAUGGAACCUUGAAAACUGGAGAUAGAAUAAUAGAGGUGGAUGGAGUGGACCUCAGAGAUGCAAGCCAUGAACAAGCUGUGGAAGCCAUACGGAAAGCAGGCAACCCUGUACUCUUUAUGGUACAGAGCAUUAUAAACAGAAUGAGGCCAGAGUCUGUGUCUAGCACUUCAGCAUCUGCUCUCUGUGGGCAGAAACCUACUAACCCAUUUUGCCAUCAGUCAUCGCAGAAACCCCUUUUGCCUUCCCUGCCGUACAAUCUUCACACUAAGUACAGUUUCAGCAGCACUAACCCCUUUGCUGAUUCUCUGCAGCUCAACACUGACAAGGGUAUACAGAAUCCAGAUAGAGUUACCUUCCGUUGUUCCCCAACUAAUCCUUUUGCUCCCACACCAUUUAAGGCAUCUAGUCAGCUGGAUUCAGAGCCUGAAAAGACUUCACUCCCCAGCUUGUCUCUGCCCCCUCCUUCAACAUUUUCUGGAAUGAGCAGUGAUAUUGAAGAGUCAUAUUCCAGCAAAGUCUCAGAAGAUGGUGACAAAGAGGAUGAGUUUGGCUACAGCUGGAAAAAUAUCUUUCAACGCUAUGGAACCUUAGCAGGUGAACUCUUCAUGAUUGAACUGGAAAAAGGUCGAACUGGUUUGGGCCUGAGUCUUGCUGGAAACAAAGAUCGAUCAAGAAUGAGUGUUUUUAUAGUUGGAAUUGACCCAAAUGGUGCAGCUGGGAAAGAUGGUCGACUACAGAUUGGAGAUGAACUUCUAGAAAUAAAUGGGCAAAUUUUAUAUGGAAGAAGUCAUCAGAAUGCUUCAUCAAUAAUUAAAUGUGCCCCAUCAAAAGUAAAAAUCAUUUUUAUCAGAAAUAAAGAUGCAGUAAAUCAAAUGGCUGUUUGUCCUGGCAAAGGACUGGAAGGUUUACCUUCUACAGUAGAGGCUCUUCAGAAUCAGGAGGUUGAAUUGAAUGUUACCAGUUCUGUUAUAGCAACAGAUUUCAAUUCUUUUAAAAAUGUUCACCAUCUGGAACUUCCCAAGGAUCAAGGGGGGUUGGGGAUUGCCAUCAGUGAAGAAGAUACCCUUAAUGGAGUUGUCAUAAAGAGUCUGACUGAUCAUGGAGUGGCAGCCAAGGAUGGACGUAUCAAAGUUGGAGAUCAGAUCUUAGCAGUAGAUGAUGAAGUUGUUGUGGGCUAUCCUGUGGAAAAGUUUAUAAAUCUUUUGAAGACUUCAAAGAACACAGUAAAACUUACUAUUAAUGCAGAGGAUUCAGAAGUCCAGUCUAUCCAGUCUACUCUCAGUGCAUCUAUUGGAGAAAAAAAGAAUAUCUCACAAGCUCCAGUGAUGCCCCCUUCUGGAUCUCCAGAACCUGAAACUAUCAGAAGUACAAGCAGGUCUUCCACCCCAGCUACUUUCCCUUCUGACCCAGCAACCUGUCCAAUUAUUCCUGGCUGUGAAACAACAAUUGACAUUUCCAAAGGACGCACUGGGCUUGGACUGAGCAUUGUUGGAGGAGCAGACACAUUGCUGGGUGCUAUUAUUAUCCAUGAAGUUUAUGAAGAAGGAGCUGCCUGUAAAGAUGGAAGACUUUGGGCAGGGGAUCAGAUUUUAGAGGUAAAUGGGAUUGACCUCAGGAAUGCUACACAUGACGAAGCCAUCAAUGUACUGAGGCAGACACCUCAGAAAGUACGUCUGACUGUCUACAGGGAUGAGGCCCAAUAUAAGGAAGAUGACAUGUAUGAUAUGUUCAAUGUAGAACUGCAAAAGAAACCAGGAAAAGGGCUUGGAUUGAGUAUUGUUGGUAAAAGAAAUGACACUGGAGUAUUUGUGUCAGACAUUGUGAAAGGAGGAAUUGCAGAUAUGGAUGGAAGACUGAUGCAGGGAGAUCAGAUAUUGAUGGUGAAUGGAGAAGAUGUUCGAAAUGCCACUCAAGAAGCUGUUGCAGCAUUACUGAAGUGUUCUGUUCUUCAGUGUUCUCUAGGCACAGUAAGAUUGGAAGUUGGAAGAAUCAAGGCAGGUCCAUUCCAUUCAGAGAGGAGGACAUCUCAAAGUAGCCAGAUGAGUGAAGGAAGUCUGUCAUCCUUCACUUUCCCUCUUUCUGGAUCCAGUGCAACAGAGGCAUUUGACAAUGUUUCAAAGAAGAAUCCCUUGGCUUUGGAAAUACAAGGAUUAAGAACAGUUGAAAUUAAAAAGGGUCCUGCUGACUCAUUGGGAAUCAGCAUUGCUGGUGGUGUAGGCAGUCCACUUGGUGAUGUUCCAAUAUUCAUUGCCAUGAUGCAUCCAAAUGGAGUUGCUGCACAGACCCAGAAACUCAGAGUUGGGGAUAGGAUUGUAAGUAUUUGUGGAACUUCAACUGAAGGUAUGACUCAUUCCCAAGCAGUGAGCUUACUGAAAAAUGCUUCUGGCUCCAUUGAAGUACAGGUAGUUGCUGGAGGAGAUGUUAGUGUUGUCACUAGUCCACCACAGGAGCCAGCUGGUUCUAAUCUUUCCUUUACAGGCCUGACAUCAAACAGUAUUUUUCAGGAUGAUUUAGGCCCUCCUCAAUAUAAGAGUAUUACUCUUGACCGAGGACCAGAUGGUCUAGGUUUCAGUAUAGUGGGAGGAUAUGGCAGCCCUCAUGGAGACCUACCUAUUUAUGUUAAAACAGUAUUUGCAAAGGGAGCUGCAGCUGAAGAUGGACGCCUGAAAAGGGGUGAUCAGAUAAUUGCUGUCAAUGGACAGAGCCUAGAAGGGGUGACCCAUGAGGAAGCAGUUGCCAUCUUGAAGAGGACAAAAGGCACUGUCACUCUGACCAUUCUCUCGUGACCUGAAAUAGCAUGGUUGGGUCAUCAGAUCAUCUUAUUGAAUAUUUCUUAAUAGUAAAGAGAAUGGAAUUUUUCUUGUCACUUUUUUCCCCACCUCAUCUUUAAUUGAUUCUUUAGCUGUAUAAGAGGAGAGUGACAUUUUCCCCAUUUUGAAUCUAUUUGUCAUACAGUCAAUUCCUUUGGUGUCUUUGUGGACCUAGUACUGAAAAUCACAGGCCAUCAUUGCUUAUUAUGCCUCUCUUUUCACCACCUAGUUAUAUAUCACAACUUUGCAAAGAUAUAUGAUAUUUUGUAAAGGAUAAAACAGAAAUAUGUGAAAAAAUAGUUACUAGAUAUAAUAUGGAUGAUUUUGGGGGGUAAAUAUUAGUAGAAUUCAGGGUGAAAAAGAAAAUGUAGAUUUUUUUAAAAGUUGGGUAUGAUAUGGCCAACAUUUCCUCCCCUACUACAAACACAUGAAAAAUUGUGCUUUGGUGUGAAAAGCUGCAAUUAAUUUUUUUUCAGUAAUGCCCUCACCUUGAAUAUUGUAAAUUUCAAUGAGGAUUUCUCUUUGGCCUUUAUCCAUUUCUCUUGAAUCAGGCUUUCUAAACUUAGGUUGGAGGCAGUCAGUCUGUAAAAUAGCAUCUCUGAAUGUUUUUGAAGAAAAAAAUAUUUUAAAACUCUUAGAAAUUUUUCUUUCCACUAAUGACCUAUUCUAGGAUAUAUUGCUAUUGUUGUAGGCAUUUACUUCCACUACUGUGCAGUGUAUAUUUUUCUGCACCAGGCUAAAAAUGGAGUGGCAUACAGAAAACCUGAAAUAUUUCAAGUGCUAGUUUUAACUACCAAGGCAACACUAAAAAUGUGUUAAUGAUCCGGGUGAUUGGCUUAACAAUUAGUAUUAAUUUUAAUGUCUGAAAACAACAGUGUGUUAGUAAUUAUUGUGGUGAUAAGCCAUUAGUAAAUUCAUAGAAAAAUUAAGGGGAUUAACAUAACUUCAUUUCAUUACUUCCUAUUAACAAUCUUAUAGUACAAUAGCCUCAGACCAAGGAAAACAGAUGGGACUGUUUAUUGAGACAACUGGUAAGGCAUUAUCAUGUGUUCCUUCCCAUUUUAGAGCGUGAAACUCCUACAUUAGAAUAUGUAAAGUCACUUUAAAUAUUAUCUAUAUUUGUAACAGAAGUAGUGUACAGAUAUUUUAUUACUGCAUUCUUGUGCAAAUGCAGAAUUGAAGUGAAUAAAUAUGAGGCUGUCUCGCUGGUGUACAAAUAAAGAAACAGAUGUAUGUUUUGUUUUAAUGGGAA